AUGUGCGGCUCGGCACUGGGUCUCUUUCCCGCCGCAUUCGUCUGCCUGCGAAGCCGCCGGCCAGGUCCUGCCUCCUUCCUCCGGGCAGUCUGCGUGUUUUCCCUGGUUCUUGGACUGGGCCGAAGUGAAGACAGCAGAUGUGCGUCCUCUCAUGCCACGUCUUGCUCCGAGUGCCUCGCGCUGGGUCCUGAAUGUGGAUGGUGCAUUCACGAGGAUUUCAUUUCAGGCAGAUUGAGGAGUGAGCGUUGUGAUACCAUUUCCAAAUUAAAAAGCAAAGGCUGCCCAGUGGAUUCCAUUGAGUACCCAUCAGUGCGUGUGACAAUACCAAGUGGAAAUGAAAUUAACACCCAAGUGACACCAGGAGAAGUGUCGAUUCAGCUGCGUCCAGGAGCUGAAGCUAACUUUAUGCUGAAAAUUCAUCCUCUGAAGAAAUAUCCUGUGGAUCUUUACUACCUGGUUGAUGUCUCUGCAUCGAUGCACAAUAAUAUAGAAAAAUUAAACUCUGUCGGAAAUGACUUGUCAAGGAAAAUGGCCUUUUUCUCCCGUGACUUCCGCCUGGGGUUUGGUUCCUAUGUUGAUAAAACUGUGUCACCCUACAUCAGCAUCCACCCAGAAAGGAUUCACAACCAGUGCAGUGACUACAACUUAGACUGCAUGCCUCCCCACGGGUACAUCCACGUGCUGUCUCUGACGGAGAACAUCACAGAAUUUGAGAGAGCCGUGCACCGACAGAAGAUCUCUGGCAACAUAGACACACCCGAGGGGGGCUUCGACGCCAUGCUGCAGGCCGCGGUCUGUGAGAGUCACAUUGGAUGGCGAAAAGAAGCUAAGAGAUUGCUGCUGGUGAUGACGGAUCAGACUUCUCAUCUGGCGCUUGAUAGCAAGCUGGCAGGCAUCGUGGUGCCGAAUGAUGGAAACUGCCACCUAAGGAACAACAUCUAUGUCAGGUCCACCACCAUGGAACAUCCCUCACUAGGCCAACUGUCUGAGAAAUUAAUAGACAACAACAUCAAUGUCAUAUUUGCAGUUCAAGGCAAACAGUUUCAUUGGUAUAAGGACCUUCUACCCCUCCUGCCUGGCACCAUUGCUGGUGAAAUAGAAUCAAAGGCUGCAAACCUCAACAAUUUGGUGGUGGAAGCCUAUCAGAAACUCAUUUCAGAAGUGAAAGUGCAGGUGGAAAACAGGGUACCAGGCAUCUACUUUAACAUCACAGCCAUCUGUCCAGAUGGGGCCAGAAGGCCAGGCAUGGAAGGAUGCAGCAACGUGACAAGCAAUAAUGAAGUACUUUUGAAUGUAACCGUUACCAUGGAAAAAUGCAGUUUCACUGGAGGGAAGAAUUAUGCAAUCAUCAAGCCUAUUGGUUUCAACGAAACCAGUAAAAUCCACAUCCACGGGGACUGUGGCUGUCGGUGUGAGAACAGCAGAGGCCAGGCCGGGAAAUGUGCAGAGGAGAUGUUUCUGGAUCCUGUGUGUCCCCAGUGCGAUGAGAGAAGGUGUCCUUUGGAGCAAGGGCAGGCCCCUGCUGAGGGCUGCACCUCCCACGAAGGUCAACCUGUGUGUAGUGGCCGAGGAGUCUGCGUUUGUGGAAAGUGUUUAUGUCACAAAAUGAAGCUCGGAAAGGUGUAUGGGAAAUACUGCGAAAAGGAUGACUUUUCCUGUCCGUAUCACCAUGGCAUUCCGUGCGCCGGGCAUGGCGAGUGUGAAGCAGGGCUGUGUCGAUGCUUCAGUGGCUGGGAAGGUGACCGCUGCCAGUGCUCGACAGCCUUGGCCCAGCACUGUGUCAAUUCCAAGGGCCAAGUGUGCAGUGGAAGAGGCACGUGCGUGUGUGGCAGGUGCGAGUGCAGUGAUCCCAGGAGCAUCGGCCGCUUCUGUGAGCACUGUCCCACAUGUCCUACAGCCUGCAGUGAGAACUGGAAUUGUGUGCAAUGCCUUCACCCUCACAAUCUAUCCCAGGCUAUACUUGAUCAGUGCAGGACCUCAUGCGCUUCCCCAGAACAGGCUUAUCUGGAGCAAGUGUCAGAAUGUUUCUCUAGUCCAAGCUACUUGAGGAUAUUUUUCAUCAUAUCCAUAGUCACAUUCUUGAUUGGGUUGCUUAAAGUCCUGAUCAUUAGGCAGGUGAUACUACAAUGGAGUGGUAGUAAAAUCAAGUCCUCCUCAGAUUACAGAGUGUCAGCAGCAAAAAAGGAUAAGUUGAUUCUGCAAAGUGUUUGCACAAGAGCAGUAACCUAUCGACGUGAGAAACCUGAAGAAAUAAAAUUGGAUAUCAGUAAACUACAUGCUCAUGAGACGUUCAGGUGCAACUUCUAAAAAAAAAAAAAAAACAUCUAAAAAAAGGCUUUGUGGGAAACUGAUUGUUCAGUCACUGUCCCCACAAAGGGUCGCUGUAGAAGUCACAGCAGGAGCCUGAUUGUUCCAAAUCCAUUGCUGAUUGGACUCCAGGGAAGGCUGAGGAGGAUGCUGGUGGUCUGCGACUCACAUAGCUGCUGAACUUUUCAGAGAAACAUGUCUUACUACUGUUGGACACUAGUGUCGUCGUAGCACUUUACUGUAAUAUAUAACUUAUUUAGAUCAACCUAGAAUGUAGAUCAUGUGAAGAGCACUGGUUACACUUUAUAGGUACUGCCAUUCCCAUGCGUCCCAGAGAGGGGGUGGGGGGGAGCAAUGCUGUCAGAGAACUGCAUUGUGUCACUACAAGGGUACAGUCAUCUCUGUAUCGAUUAUGCAGGAGAAAAAUACAUUCUGGUUGUUAACACCAGAUCUUAUUCGCUAACGUUGCCAAACGUUUCAACCAACUGGCAAUGACUGAACAAGAACUGCUAGAUGAAUAGACAGUGCGUCAGAGGUCAACAGCUAGAACCUUAAUCUUAGAACAUAUUGCUUUUGGAAACUGUGUAGUUCAAUGCAUGUUUUGUUUAUCUUUUCUCCAAGAUGGAUGCAAAUUCUAACAGUCUCCUCUUUGCCUUUGUAUCUUGUUUUCCUCCCUUACAGGAGAAGUUUAUAUGUUACAAAUGACUGGAUUAAAUAAGUGCUAAGUUACUACUGCCAUAGAAAACUAAUUAUACAAUGUCACUUUAUUAGAACACAGGUUUUAAAAGCGGAAUGCUAAGAAGGGACACUGUCAAUGCCUAAACCUGAAACGCUAGCAGACCUAGAGCUUGGAUUUUUCUUACCUGGUAAACUGGAUGAACUGUAUAACCACUUCAUUUGUCUAACCAUUAAGUGAAAAUCCACAAGAUCUUCAGAAGUUCUGCCUCAAGCAAUUGAAUGAGUUUUCUCACAUUUUUGCAUGCAAAAAGAUGUUAGCAGUUUUCUGGGUUUGUUUGCUUGUUUGUUUUCACUACAAGCUCUAUUUACCCUUCAAUGCAGCCUGGAAAGACAUGUUUUCUCUGGUUCAUCCCAACCAUACUCGCCAGAAUUCAUAAAAACACAAAAUCAGAGGAGGGUGGUGAUAUCUUAGAAAUAAGGUCACUCGCCCACCAGCUUUCUAGUGAACCAGGGAACUGAGGGUCCGGAAGAUGUCUGAAAACACAUCCAACUGAUUAAAUGACAGCAUUAGGAAAGAGCUUCUGUCUUCUUAUGGCCAGGCCAGUGUUUGUUGCACAAUGUCACGCUACCUCUUUAAGAUACUCAAUUGGCAAGUAUUUCUCAACUGAAGUCUUAGCUAUGUAAGAGAAAAUUUCCAGGCAACACUGAAGUGAGUAAUUCACAUGGAAUGGCCCAUAACUGGCUUCCAAUAUUUCCUGCUCAUCAGCUUGAAGGGGGCUGUAAGAUGGUUAGUCCCCCAGGGAAAUCUAUGCUCUCCACAGCCUGGACGAACCAUGCCCCUGCCCGUUGUCCCAAAUCCAUCCCACCAGAGCCUGGAUAAAUCAUGCCCCUGCCCAUUGUCCCAUGCAUAGCUUAAAGCCUCAAUAAGGAGGCCGUGAGCUCCUCCUUUCCAAAGCAAACAUCUUCACAAUUUCUCUAUUCCUGCAGACUUGGUCAGUCUGAGUGGACUGGCUGGUCAUCUAACAGUCGUGUGUACAGGUCAGUUUUGCCUCUGACCAUGAAGAGAUUAACAUAAAACACCUUCUAAAUGGUUCCCCAGAUUUGCUGACUUCUGGGACUUGACCUAA